ACACACACACACUCCGACCCAGACAACCCACUGCACUUUCCAGACGCCCACCUCCUAGAUACUCCCCUCCCCUAAAGAGACAUUCACCCACUCACCAUCUGUAGCCUCCUUCCGCCCCCCGCCCCGCCCGCUUAGCCAGCUCCCCCUACCCAAGAAGCAGACCUACACAGURGGAGGCAGGGACCCCCGCCAGACGCGCGGGUCGUGCGCGCCUCACUGACCUCGGCCCGCCCCGCCAGGAAACUAACAAAGACAGGCGCGAGCCCUGAGCCCGGGAGCGGCGAGCGGUGGCCGCGGGGCCGGCGUGCCUGGGCCGGGCCAAGCGAGCGCUAGAAGGGGCGCUGCUCCGGAGUCAGGAAGCCGCGGCGCCGGAGUAGGUGCAUCUCUCGCCGCCGGUGCAGCUCGGAAGCCGCAGGCACCAUGGGGUGCUGCACCGGGCGCUGCUCGCUCAUUUGCCUUUGCGCUCUGCAGCUGCUCUCGGCAUUAGAGAGACAAAUCUUUGACUUCCUUGGCUUCCAGUGGGCACCUAUUCUUGGAAAUUUUCUACAUAUAAUAGUGGUCAUAUUGGGUUUGUUUGGAACUAUUCAGUACAGACCUCGAUACAUCAUGGUGUAUACAGUGUGGACUGCCCUCUGGAUCACCUGGAAUGUGUUCAUUAUCUGCUUUUAUUUGGAAGUAGGUGGCCUCUCUAAGGAUACAGAUCUGAUGACAUUCAACAUCUCUGUACAUCGGUCAUGGUGGAGGGAACAUGGACCUGGCUGUGUCCGGAGAGUGCUUCCUCCGUCGGCCCAUGGCAUGAUGGAUGAUUACACCUAYGUUUCUGUCACAGGCUGCGUCCUGGACUUCCAGUACCUGGAGGUCAUCCACAGUGCCGUCCAAAUACUCCUCUCAUUGGUUGGCUUUGUGUAUGCCUGUUAUGUGAUCAGCAUUUCCAUGGAAGAAGAAGACACCUUUGAUUUCAUAGGUGGACUUGAUACACACUCCUACUACCAGGAUCAUGUUGAGUUAAAGCCUGUUAAACCUGCCUUUAUGUUGGAUUCCCUUGAACCCGACUCCAUGAUACCAUCUCACACCCCACCCCCAGAACAGCUUGAAGAACUAGCCAACCUGCUGUGCUAA